AUGGCUCCCAAGACCGCCACCGCCGAGGCCGCCAGCACCCUCAACCUCACCGACGGUGAACUCAAGCUCGCCCUCGCCAUGAUGAAGCAUGUUGAGCGCCCCACCACCGCCGUCCUCGAGAAAAUGGCCGAGGAGGCCGGCCUCUCCGGCGCCUCCAGCGCUCGCACCCUCCUCGCCCGCGCCGCCACCAAGCACGGCUGGUUCACCGGCGGCACCGCUGCUGGAACCGCUGGCAGUGGCACCGAGAAUGGCGCUGCUUCCACCACCACCACCCCGCGCCCCAAGAAAACUCCUACCCCUCGCAAGAAGAAGAUCGCCGAGGUCGAGGAAGGUGCUGAGGAGGAAGGCACGCCUACCAUGAAGCGUGGCCGCAAGACUAAGGCGCAGAAGGCUGCGGAGGAAGCUGCUGCUGCUGUGGCUACUGCCGCUGCGGCCGCUGACCAGGAGGAUGAGGAUAUGAAGGAGGAUAGCGAUGGUGCUACCAAGGAGGAGGCUGGUGCUGCUGAGGGCGGCAAGGAGAAGGAUGCCGAUGAGAAAUAA